AAACUUCUCCUCCCCAGUUUAUUCCUGCAGCCCCGCGGUCAACAACUUCACACCGACUGGUUUGGAGCCACUUGUUGGUGAUGUUGCGUUUAAUCCGCGCUGGAUCCUGUUCUUUAAACUCGUUGUUGUGUUGAAGGAGAGGAAAAAAAGAUGUCAAACUCGGGCUGUUUGGAGGUUUUUCUCCUCACUGCAGCGGUUCUCUGGGGCAGCUCUGCCAGCGUUCAGAGCUCCAGGAGCAGCUUUUCCCGAUCAUCCAGGAGCUCUGAGCCUGUCAUGAUCCCACGCCGGGUUCACCUGAGCGAAGAGCAGCUGAGCCGGCUGCACUUCAAGCCCACGAUCAGCUCCAUGCUGCUGUCAGAGGGACAGGACGCCAAGUUCAACUGCUCCAUCGACAUCCCCGUGACAGAGCUGGGGCCCACCAUCGUCUGGAAGAAGGACGGGACGGAACUGCCCGUCAGCGUUCACACCAAUGACCUGAAGACCACCACCGAUGGAGUCACGACGAUCCUUUCCACCGUCAUCAUCAGCCAGGUGCAGCGGGCGCACGCAGGAGUGUACCUGUGCACCCUAAGCAUCAACGGAGAGGUGAAGAAGUCGAGGCCGAUCACGGUCGACGUGGAAGGUCUGCCGACGUUUACCCAGCAGCCCGAGGACCUGAACGUUACAAAGAACGCCCCGUUCACGCUGUCGUGUCGKGCCGUCGGUCCUCCUGAACCCGUCGAGAUCCACUGGCUGCGGAACGGACUGUCGGACAGCGAGCGCUUCCCCUCUCCCAGCAGCUACUCUGUGCCAGGUGUUGACAGGUACACUAGGUUCAGUUGUGCAGCUUACAAUUCAAAAGGUGUCUCUACAUCCAGAGAAGCCAACAUUAACAUCAAAGUUCUUCCCAGUCCUGUGUUCAAUGUUACCGUGACGGAGAGGCAGUCCAACAAACUGAUGCUGAGCUGGAGCCCCGGACARGAUGGCUUCUCUCCACUCACCAGUUGUCACAUCAGGGUGAAAGAGGUGAGUCGUAGGAAAGGGGAAGUGACGACCACCAGAUUCGUCAARGUCACCGUGCCGCCGUUCCAUUGUGAAGUCCCCGGGCUGAAAGCCAUGAUGAGCUAAUAAAUGAGUGUUUCCUGUAGCAACGAGGUGGGGUCCUCACCGGUCUCUGUGUGGGUCCAGAGCAACACCACGGAGGGAGUGCCUUCAGUUUAUCCACAAGACGUCACCGUGCACCUGAAUGAGUCGUGGCUGGUGAUCAGGUGGAAGCCUCCACCYGAGGAUAAGAUAAACGGCGUCCUGCGUGGCUAUGAUGUCAUCGUGAGGCACGAUGCUGAUCAUAAGAAGGUCCACACUAACACCACAGUGGCCUUUGUACAWCUGACAGACUUUAAUCACACCUACAGCGUGGAGGUGGCUGCGUGCACGCAGGCAGGGAGCGGCAUGCUCAGCAAACCAGUCCGGCUCUUCGUGCCGGGGGACCAUUCAGCGGUGACCCCUACCCCAAGCCCGGACUCAGGGGCUCCAAACACGACGAUGAUUGUGCUCACCGUGCUUUUUUUCUGUUUUCUGAUAAUCAUCUCGAUGGUUCUGUAUUUCCGCUACAAAACGAUCGACUGUUUUGGGUGGAAGUUGGGACCUGGAGAAAACUCACAACCUGUCAUCCUGCACGCCAACCACAGAUCAUACAACCGCACAGCAGUAGCGGUCACACUUGCAAACCUUGGUAUUAGUGAAGAACUCCAGGCUAAACUUCAGGACGUGAUGAUCAUGAGGACCCUGCUCUCGAUAGGAAAGGUCCUUGGAGAAGGUGAAUUCGGCUCCGUUGUUGAGGGACGUUUGAGGAAACUGGACGGCACGUCUGAAAACGUUGCAGUGAAGACAAUGAAAAUGGAUAACUUCUCUCACAGGGAGAUUGAGGAGUUCCUGAAUGAGGCAGCCUGCAUGAAAGAUUUCAACCAUCCUAAUGUCAUCAAACUGCUCGGUGUGUGCUUGGAAGUAAGCUCAGAACACGUUCCUAAACCCAUGGUCAUCCUCCCGUUCAUGAAGCAUGGAGACCUGCACAGCUUCCUGCUGCGCUCACGCCUGGGAGAGAGUCCAACGACCCAGUUCCUGCCCACUCAGACCCUCCUGAGGUUCAUGAUCGACAUCGCUUUGGGGAUGGAGUAUCUCAGCAGUCGUAACUUCCUGCAUCGUGACCUGGCAGCUCGUAACUGCAUGCUGCGUGAUGACAUGACGGUGUGCGUCGCAGACUUCGGCUUGUCCAAGAAGAUCUACAGUGGAGAUUAUUACAGGCAGGGCCGAAUCGCUAAAAUGCCUGUAAAAUGGAUCGCAGUGGAAAGUUUAGCUGAUCGAAUAUUUACUGUAAAGAGUGACGUUUGGGCGUUUGGUGUCACCAUGUGGGAGAUCGCCACGCGAGGCAUGACGCCGUACCCCGGAGUCCAGAACCAUGAGAUUUAUGACCACCUGGUUGAAGGUCACAGACUGAAGCAGCCUCCGGAGUGUUUGGAUGAACUUUAUGAGAUCAUGUACAGCUGCUGGAGAACCGACCCAGUGGACAGACCUUUGUUUCUGGAGCUGCGGGAAAGGUUGGAAAAGCUCGCAGAAAAGCUCCCCGAGUCUUCCAGCAGAGCGGACAUCAUUUAUAUCAACACCAGCUUUCCCGAGGAGGACCGCGAUCGGGAGGCGCCUCCCGAGGAGCAGCCGGCGCUCAGCUCCUCGCCGUCCUGCGGCCGCCCGGCGGCAGGACACGCCGUCGUUUCUGCCGACGUCCACGGGUGCCAGGAGGAGGACGGGGACGGCGACCGCUACGUGGUGGUGAUCUCUUCUAACAGCUCGCAGAGAUCUCUGGCGGUGGACACGCCUCUUCUGUCGGGUGAAACUUUAAAUCGAACAAACGAAGACGCGAGGACUGAUGAAACAGCCGCGGAUCACAGCUCGAGUGACACUUCGCUUCUUUUAUAACGCUUCGUUAAAACUCUCAUCACGAUUCAUCGGCACUAACUGGUUCUCUUGGUUGCACUUUAAGCACCUCCACCGUCCUCCUUACAGUUAAUGUUGGUCUAUAAGCUGUUUAUCCUUCAUGUGACCCGUUUAUGGUUCAGUGUUGGGAAAAUAUGUGACAAAAUCAGACAUGGCAAUGCUCCUUUUUCAUAAGCUUAAAAUGCUCUGAAAUGUGAAAAACUUGACAGUAUUCUGUGUUUCAGUGUAAAUAAGGUCAUGUACAGAACAAUAAGUUGAUCUUGUAUUAUAAAAAUAAAUGUUCUUUGCAUAUAAAAUCA